AUGUCUAAGCUUAAACUACAAUUUUGCUCUGGUCCAUCAUUGCAGAGUUCUAUUGCCAACAAUCAAAAACAAUUUUAGGGAAAUUAACAGGACCCUAUAUCGGCAUUGUAAUAGGAAAACUUGAUCAAUAUGGGGAACACCGAUCAAAAGCGAAGAAAUAAUUGCGCUGGAGAUCGCUUUAUUCCAACUAUCAAGAAGAAAUUCAGUAUACUCACUGAAACUAAGGCACCAGCUCAAGACAUUGCUUCCUCGUAAGCUGCCUUAGAAAUGCUCUAUAAAUAAUAAAUCUUAGAUUAAGAGCCUAUUAUGGAAUCCGAGAACGGUUCGCUUAAGUUUAUUAAUCAAAACAACUUUCAAUACAAGAAUGAACAUGUACAUUAUAUUGAUUCUAUUGAUCCAAAAAAUUAUAAUAGUCCCCUUGUUGAUCAUAAAUACUUUGCCUUGCCAGAAACGAUAUCAAGUUAUUAUGGAAAAUAUAUAAGAAAAAUCCCCAAAGUGCCAUUUAAAGUGUUAGAUGCUCCUUAAUUAUAAGAUGAUUUCUAUUUAAACCUAAUAGACUGGAGCAAUUAUGUUCCUAAUAUGCUGUAGCUCUCAACAAUUGCGUUUAUUUAUGGAAUGCUUAAUCUUAAAAGGUUACUAAAUUACUUGAUCUUUUGUAAUGAUGUAGUGACGAGUGUUGGAUGGUCAUUAAGAGGGCCUUUGUUAGGAGUUGGAACUAACAAUGGGAGAAGUAUAACUAUGGGAUGCUUUCAUGCUGCCAGAGUUGGAACACUAUGCUUUGCUGAAAGCACUUUAAGCAGUGGUUCAAGAGAUAAAUCGAUUAUUUAAAGAGAUCUAAGAUAAAAAGAAGACUCCUAUUUCAAAUCUAUUGCCCAUAAGUAAGAGGUUUGUGGAUUAAAAUGGUCUCCUGAUAGCUAAUUAUUAGCUUCAGGAGGGAAUGAUAAUAAAUUGUACAUCUGGAGUGCAGCUUAAUAUGAUAAACCAAUAUUCAAAUUUAAUGAACAUCAAGCAGCUGUUAAAGCUAUAGCUUGGAGUCCACAUUAACAUGGGUUAUUAGCAAGUGGUGGUGGAACUGCAGAUAAAACUAUUAGAUUUUGGAAUGCUUUGGAAGGCAAAAUGUUAUCGAAAGAAGAUACUGGAAGUUAAGUCUGUAACUUAAUGUUCAGCAAAAUGGAAAAUGAAUUGAUUUCAACACAUGGCUAUAGUCAACAUUAGAUUAUACUCUGGAAAUGCAAUGGUAUGAAAAGAAUUGCAACUUUAAUUGGUCAUACUAGUCGUGUGUUAUAUUUGGCAAUGUCCCCUGAUGGCUACACUAUAGUGACCGGAGCUGGAGAUGAAACUUUGAGGUUUUGGAGUGUCUAUCCUUAAUCGGUUGGUAAUGAAUAAAAUAGUAAAUGUCAAUUGACUCUCCAAAAUAUCAGUAUACGUUGA